AUGACCAAGCAAAAUAAAAGAUGGAUCAAACUUAGAGAUAGAAGCUUACCAGAAUACUUAAAAGGAAUGGACGAUUUUUUAGAUUUUGCUUUUUCUGGGAAUAAGCCUCCAAAAACAAUUAGGUGUCCGUGUUGCAGAUGCAAUAAUGUCAAUUUCAAGACAAGAGAUGAUGUGGAUCAUGAUUUGCAUGAGUGGGGAUUUGAGCCAAGUUAUGUGAAUUGGGAGUAUCAUGGAGAAUCUUCAAGUGAUUCAUCAAGUGAUAGUGAUUUUCAAGAUAAUGAUAUUAACAAUGAUGUUGAAAAUGAAAGAAGUGAUGAUGCCCAAACUUUCACCAUGCUUUAUGACAUGCAUCAAUCAUUUAACGCGCAUAGUGAAAAGGUGUUUGAUCAUCCUAUGUCUAGUAAUGUCAAUGAAGAGCCAAAUAAGGAAGCUAAAAGAUUUUAUGGAUUAGUGAAAGAUGCUGAACAAAAAUUAUAUCCAGGUUGUAAAAAAUUCUCCAAGUUAUCUUUUAUUAUGCGACUUUUCCAAAUGAAAUGUCUUUAUGGAUGGAGCAAUACCUCACUUGACUCACUGUUAAAGCUAUUGGCUGAAGCUUUUCCCGAAGGUAAUGUGCUUCCUAGCUCAAUAUAUGAAGUUAAAAAGAUUAUAAAGGAUCUUGGACUUGAUUAUGUCAAGAUAGAUGCUUGUGCUAAUGAUUGUAUUUUGUAUAGAGGAAAAGACUACGAAAAUCUUGACGAAUGUCCUAUUUGUGAGAAAAGUAGAUGGAAAGAAAAUACGAAGAAGAAUAAUGUCCCUAAUAAGAUAGUUCGUUACUUUCCCAUAAAACCAAGACUACAAAGAUUGUUUAUGUCAAAACAAAUUGCACAAGACAUGAAAUGGCAUAAAGAUAAAAGAAUUGAUGACGGAAUUUUGAGGCACCCAGCUGACUCUUUGACAUGGAAAAGAUUUGAUGAUCAACACAAGUUUUUCUCUGCAGAUGCACGUAAUAUAAGACUUGGUCUAGCAUCAGAUGGUUUUAAUCCCUUCGGUAUGAUGAGCCCCAAUUAUAGUAUGUGGCCUGUGGUUUUAGUUCCUUACAACUUACCUCCCUGGUUAUGUAUGAAACAACCCAAUUUUAUGUUAUCAUUACUUAUUUCAGGACCAACUAGUCCUGGAAAUGAUAUUGAUGUUUACCUUCAACCACUAAUUGAUGACUUAAAGGAAUUAUGGGAUGUGGGUAUUGAAACCUAUGAUGCUUCUUCAAGCAGUAAUUUUCAAUUACAUGCAGCCUUGUUAUGGACUAUAAAUGAUUUUCCAGCUUACGGGAUGCUAUCUGGAUGGAGUACUAAAGGAUCAUUAGCUUGUCCUUGUUGCAACAAAGAAACCAUCUCAUGUCAUUUAAAAUAUAGUUUCAAGCAAUGCUACAUGGGUCACCGUAGAUUUUUACCUACUAACCACCCUUGGCGUAAUAAUAAGAGCUCAUUUGACAAUACAAAAGAGGUUAGACAUGCACCACAACCAUUGACAGGAGAUGAAGUCAUAGCGCAACAUGAAAAUAUACAACCAGUGAUCUUUGGUAAAACCAUAAGAAAACGAAAGCGGAAUGAAGGUGAAAAACAUAAUUGGAAGAAAAAAAGUAUAUUUUUCCAAUUACCUUAUUGGAAAACUAUAUUAUUAAGGCAUAAUCUAGAUGUGAUGCAUAUAGAAAAAAAUAUUUGUGAAAGUGUUAUUGGGACAUUGUUGAAUAUUGAUGGAAAAACAAAAGAUACUUUAAAAUCUCGGCUAGAUUUGAAACACAUGGGAUUCAAAAAGUCACUAUGUCCUAUUAGAAAUGGAGACAAGUAUGUUAUUCCUCCAGCUCGUUACACGAUGUCAUCGAUAGAAAAGGCUAAAUUUUGUCAAAUAUUGAAAGAUGUUAGGUUUCCCGACUCUUAUGCCUCAAAUAUAGGUCGUUGUAUAAAUGCAAAGGAAUGCAAGAUUUCCGGACUUAAAAGUCAUGAUUAUCAUGUUCUUUUUGAGAGAAUUGUUCCACUUGCCAUAAGGGGGUUACUUCCUAAAGAUGCAUGUGAUCCAUUAAUUGAGUUAUCACUAUUCUUUGGUGACUUGUGCUCUAAAGAGUUAAAAGUUGAUGAAUUAGACUGCUUAGAGAAGCAUAUGGCAAUAACCCUUUGUAAGUUAGAGCGCAUUUUUCCACCAUCUUUUUUUGAUGUUAUGGUUCAUCUACCGAUUCAUUUGGCAAAUGAAGCAAAACUCGGAGGUCCAGUUCAAUAUAGAUGGAUGUAUCCUAUUGAAAGAUUUUUACGAGUACUAAAAAAUUAUGUGCGUAACAAAGCACCUGAAGGUUCAAUAGCAGAAGGGUAUCUAGCUGAAGAGUGUAUGACAUUUUGUGCUAGAUAUUUGGUUGAUAUGGACUCUAGACUAAAUCAACCUAUAUGGAUUGUGGAGCAUAUGACAAAGAUAAGAAAUGAAAGUAAUAUAAAUGUUGAGAAGAGGCAUAUGAAUCAAUUUCACAAGUGGUUUGAAAAUGAAGUUAUCAGAUUAAAACAGUUACAAGAUGGAAGGAUCAAUGACCAACUUAUUGCGUUAUCAAGAGGGCCAGAUUCUCGGGUACUCAUCCACAAUGGAUACAUCCUUAAUAAUUUCAAAUUUCGUGCAAAAAGUGUUGAGCAACACUUAAAAACUCAAAAUAGUGGUGUGGUUGUGAAAGGAGACGAGUUAUCCGGACACGUUGAAUAUUAUGGAAUGAUUAAAAAAAUCGUUGAAGUAAGGUAUUUGGAUAAUAACUCUGUGAUAUUGUUAAAAUGUGAUUGGUUUGAGGCUCCUUCUCAAGUUCGAAAUCAAAGAAGAGGAUAUAAAAAAGAUGAGUAUGGAUUUAUUAGUCUAGAUAUCACAAAGAUAUUUUACAGAAACGAUCCAUUUGUUUUAGGUUCACAAGCUGGGUCAGUUUAUUAUGUCAAGCAGAAUAACAAUCAAAAUUGGUAUACUGUGGUAAAAGUAAAACCAAGGAAUGUUUAUGAUUUUCCUCAAGAUGAAGAUGACUCAGAGCCAUAUCAACUAAAUGAGUUCAACAAUAACAAUACAUAUAAGGCAUUAGAAACAUCGUCAUUGGACCAAAGAGAGAUUUUAAACCGAAAUGAUAUUGGUGGAACAAGCUAUGAACAUACUAUUAUCGAAGAAGAAGAGCUCAAAGUAGCAAAUGAUGCAAGUGACUAUGAUACUGAUGAUUACGAAUACCAAUCUUCAACAGAUGAGGACGACUAUUCAGAUACGGAAGAUUCUGACUCUGAAUAA